AUGGCUUCCCUUCGCAGCGCCACCACCUCUGUAGCUAGAUGCCUGCGCGGUACCCUCGAGCCGCUAGUGUCGUGGACGGGGAGCCGGUCCCAGGCGCAGUUGGAUGCGGCGGUGGCCCACUCUGAGCAGCGGAGGAGCAAGGUGUCGAUACCGGUCGAGCCCGGCCAGCCUGUUGACAAGGCGAUCAAUGCACUGCGGACCUUUGUUCAGGGCGAGCGCCUCGACAAGUUUGCCAGGGCUCGCAAGUACGCGGUGCCCCCCGGGAUGAAGAAGCUGAAGGAGAAGGACACGCGCAUGUACAUUCGGCGCAAGUCCGAGGUCCUGAAGAUGGUCAAGUGGGUCGACAUCAAGCGUGAGCACCAGUAG